CCGCCGCCGAGCUGUCCGGAGAGGAACCCAGGCGCGACGACCGGCAGCGGCCCUGAGGCUCGACGGACAAGGGCGGCGGGUCUGCAGCCCGGGGCAACCUCAGCGGAGCCAACGGGGGCCCUGCGCUGACGCGCGACUCCGGAAAGCAGCUCCGGGCGAGCGUUUUGUGGCGGCGGUGCCCGCAGCUGGGCAGAGCGCUUCCUGGAAGCGGGGCAGCCCCGGAGCCCGAGUCGCGCCUGGGGUGGGCACGGAGAGGGCAGGGACUGCCGCGCCGACGUGCUACCGAGCCCCGGCCCGCCAGCCAGGCAAUCUGCGGGCUCAGCGCUCCGGGGGCCGGCGGCCGGGCCGCGCCGGGAGUUCUGCCGCCCUGGCGGGGAUCAGGAUGUCCUCGCCCGCUUCCUCGGAGGAGUGCCGCUCGCCGGUGGGGCUGGACUGCUGCAGCUGCUGCCUGGACCUGGCCAACCGCAGCGGCCUGGAGGAGGGCCCCGUGGGCUGCAACAACAACGUGGGCAGCCCGGUCGCCGCCAGCCCCUUCCAGCAGCUGUGCGAGCAGCUGGUUUGCGAGAACCUCAACGCCGACAAGCUGAGCCGCAUCAUGCGCCAGGACUCCCUGGAGCCGGUGGUGCGGGACCCCUGCUACCUGCUCAACCAGGGCAUCUGCAACCGCAACAUCGACCAGACGCUGCUCUCCAUCUUGCUCUUCUUCCACAGUGCGUCGGGAGCCAGUGUGGUCGCUAUCGACAACAAGAUCGAGCAGGCGAUGGAUCUAGUCAAAAACCACCUGAUGUAUGCGGUGAGGGAGGAGGUGGAGAUACUGAAAGAGCAGAUCAAAGAGCUAGUGGAGAAGAACUCCCAGCUGGAGCGAGAGAACAGCCUCCUGAAGAAUCUGGCCAGCCCAGAGCAGCUAGAGAAGUUCCAAUCCCGGCUGCCACUGGAGGUGCCCUCGCCGACGCCUGAAAAGCAGAGCCGAGGAGCAGCUGCCCCAGCCCAGCACAAUGGGGGCUCUGCGGUGUAAGGUGGCUCUGUCCUUGGGGUGGGCAGAGCCACGGAACAUUUUCUACUUAAUCUCCUUCCGAGUGGUUUCCUCAUCUCUCUUUUGGAGAAUUCUGGCUAGGCGAAAGCUGGAAUGAUGCCCUGAAGGGGCCCCGGUUAAUUCCUGGCUGGCUGACUUGGGUUGGCCAGAGACUGUCUCCUGAAGCAAAGAGCACAAGGGAGGGAGCCCUGCACAACCAGGCAACCCUGCCCGAAGGAGUUGCGAGCUUGCUGUCCGUCCCUCCCUGCUCACAUCCUUCUGAAGAGGACAAUGUGCUGGAGGAAAGGGCUCCUGUCUAUUGGCACAGGACUGUUACUUGGAGGAAGGCAGCCAUUUUUUUUAACAGAAAGAGAGAGGGCUGUGUCUCCCCUUGCCCUGGGAUGGAGAACAGCUGCUUGGACUGGAUACUCAACCAUUUGGGGAUUACAAGACUAUCUGUGAAGCAUGCCCCGUAUUCCAGUUACCAGGGGGUACAAAACUGCUUUCUGAACAGACUUGUGCACUCCCAGCUGUAUAUGGCAGGGAUUCAGACUGGAAAGAACAUUUAGUGCCAUUGCAUGGAAACAGAGCAGGGGAGGCCAGGCUGUGCCCACCUGGUAACAUUGACACAGACAAUCCCUGUAUGAGGAGGUGCUCAGUGCCAGCUGCCUUAUGUGUCCCCAGAUGGACCCGAACCCACGAUGCUGAGAUCAAGGGCAGUGCAGUGAUGGGCCAGGGAUGGGAGGGGGGCAGCAAGAGGAGUCUUUGGCUGGCUCAAGGAGCUGCCUCUCCUCCAGGAUGGGAUCUCACGUGUUUGUCAUGUUUUCUAACUGAUGGUGUAAAUCCUGAGACACUGCAAUAAAGUCUAAGUUUUAUAUAAAUGCA